AUGAUAAAGAAAUUCAAGAAACUAUUUCAGAGUAAAUCUGAGUUCUAGAACUUUUUGACAAAAUCAAGUUUGGUUAAAGAUAAUUUUGUUUACAAACAGGAGGAUAUAGAAAUACUAAUUCCAUUUUUAACUGAUGAAUAAAAUAUUGCAGAUUAUUUCAAGAUUUAUUAGGAGGAGAAUUAGUAGAAAUAUACAGUGAAGAUGAAAAUGUUAAUAACAAUUCAUUAAGUAUUAAAUAUAAGUGAAGAAUAUGCAUAACAAUUUUCAAAGAUAAAUUUUACAUAUAUGAAUAGGUAAUGUAAAUAUUAAAAGUAGAUCAUAAUCAAAAGCAUCAACAUUAGUAUAAAAAUAAAUAACAAAUGAAGUUUGGUUAUUAGAUAAUAUAUAGAUUCCGUUUCUUUAAUAUUUAUAGAAGUUAGCAUUAAAUGUAUAGGAAAUAAAAGGAUUUAGAAAGUGUAAUUCUCAAUAAUAAAUAGUGCAAUAAAAGUAAGAGUAUUUAAUUAAUAAAAGUUUGGUUGUAGAGUGUUUUAAAUUAGAAAACUUAGUAAAUCAUGGUUUAUCACUUGUUCCUUAACUCAAAACAGCUUUAUCUAAUUUUCCUCAUGAUUUUCUUCUCAAGAAAUUAGCAUGUAAUCUUUACAGUGAACUAAGAUAAUUUCAAAGAUAAUUAAUAAACUCUCUUUCUGCACUUUUAGAUUCAAACUCUAGAGCUUCUAAUAUAGAGAUUUUUGAAUUUUUUAGAGAAGUAGAGUUCAAUAUAAAUUUAGGUAUAAAUGAUAGAAAAGAAAACUAUGUAAUAUUAUAUGUUACAUAAAUUGUUUGAUCCAGCCAGAAAAUUAAUGCCUCCUUUAUAAUUAAAAAUAGAUAUAAAAAGUGCAAAACAUCUCGAAUAAUAAGCUUUAAAUGAAUAAUAAAGGAUUAAUCAUUAACGAUAAUUGAGAAGCCAAAGAAAUUCUCGUUCAAAUAGUAUAGAUUAACAAUCUCAAUGUUCUCAAGGAUUUAUUAGUUAGAGAGAAAGACGAUUUAUGAUACAUAGUAGAGCAAAGAAAUAAGAUACGAUAGAGGAAGAUAUAGAAAUACCAACAGAAGAAUAAUAACCAUAUUUAGUUUAGAAGAAAAGAAUAUAAAGUAAUUAGAUUAUGGAAGGGUAAUACAAUAAUUAAGAAGAACAAAAACAUGAAAAGAAAUAAUCAAAUGAAGAUCCAAAAUAAUAUAUUGGUUCUGAACAUAAUUAUUAAAUGGAAUAACAUGAAAAUAGUAAAGACACUUAAAUAAAUGAAAGAUCUAGUUAAAAAGAAACUAAUGAUAUAGCUAAAAAUCAAGAAAGUACUGGUUAAGCAGAUCAAGAUGAAAAUUAAGAUAUUUGA